AGAAAAAAAUUAAUGCCAACCAUAUCCCAACAAAACCCUAGCAUCCUAAAACCCUCGAUAAAAGCCUCUGCUUCUCUCACUUCACAAAACCCUCAUUUCUCCUUCUCUCUCCAUCUCCACGAAAAAUGGCCCUAAACAACGUGAUACGCAGAGCUUCGAGAGUCGUACCUUUGGCCAUUAGGGCUUCCGCCGGAAGUCAGAGGUACCUGCACAACCACCGCCAAGGCGCAGCCGUUCUCGCCGCCGUCAAUCAACCUUCACGCAAUUUCUCACCGAGGGUAUUUUCGUCGGUCGCUGUCCACCAUUCCAACAAGCCCAAAUCGGACGAGUCGCUCCUCCGAGUUCUCAAGUCCGAGCUUACGUGUGCUAUCGAGAGUCAGACUGAAGAAGAGAUCGAGAUUCCGGAAGCCUUCCCCUUCCAAAUUGAAGACCAACCUGGACAGCAGACUAUAACACUGAUCAGAGAAUAUAAUGGAGAAAAGAUCAGUGUUGAAGUCCAAAUGCCUGAGCUUGCCGGAGAUGACGAGAAUGAAAAGGAAGACGAUGAUGAGGAUGAUCAGCAAGCGAUAACAGAAUCUCUUUUACCAAUAGUUGUUAAAAUCUCCAAGCCCAAUGCACCGAGCUUAGAGUUUUCUUGCACUGCUUCUGCUGACGAUAUUACUAUUGAUAGCUUGAGCAUCAAGGAUCCCGAGGUCUCUGAGGAUCAAAUAGCAUACGAGGGACCUGAUUUUGGGGAUUUGGAUGAGAAUCUGCAGAAAGCCUUCCACAAGUAUCUUGAAAUCAGAGGAAUCAAACCUAGCACGACAAAUUUCUUGCACGAGUACAUGAUGGACAAGGACAACAGGGAGUACGUCGGGUGGCUGGAGAACUUGAAGAAGUUCGUUGAGGCUUAAGCUUCAGAGAUUAGGAAAGGAGUAUGGAUUGGGAUUCAUUGCUGAACAAGUUAGCUGCAUGAAUUAUAUACUUCCCAUCUGAUUUUGCCCUCUUAAAGUUGCGGAUUCGCUUUAAACUUAUGAUUAGCCAGAACUAUACAUGUUGGCAUCGUUGAAGCUUAUGUUUUUGUGUCAAAAUGAUUUGAUAUUAGCUGAUGUGAUUGUGUUGAACGACUAAAUAAGUGCAUUUGGCAUAUUAGUCUAAAUGGAAAUAGCUUAUUUGAUUUUUUGUAA